UUAGUUUAACACUGGCUGCCCUGCCCUGCACUACAGGAGAGAGAACGAGAGAGACAGAGAGAGGGACAGUACAGGGGUGAAACUGGCGUGGCUCUGGACAAGGCUCUGGACAUGCCAGUCCUACAGCAAUGACUCAGCUGUCAUCCACUGGACUUACACUGGAUUUGAUCUUUGCUGCUUGAUGUGGCUUUUCUUCUUACCUAAAUGUUGUCACUGGAUAAGAUGCACUCCCGAGCCAAGUCCAGGAGCUGUGACAACUACCUGAGCAUUAAGGAUUCUGAGUCCCUGGACAGUUGUAUCCAGAGCACCCUGUCUGCGCUGUACCCUCCAUUCAGUGCCACUGCGUCCACCGUCCUGUGGCAGCUGUUCAGCGUGGUGGAGAGGCAGUACCGUGGGGACGGACUGCGAUGCCUCAUCGACUUCUUACUUCCUGCCAAGAGGAUCCUGCAGAGAAUCCAACAAGAGACUUGUGUGCGUUUCCACGGCCGGCUGUUCUAUCAUGAGGGUUGGCCCUUCUGCAUCAACGAGAAGGUGGUCUUGCAGCUCGCCCCGCUCCAUAAGGUCCGUCUGAAGCAGGGGGACUUCUACCUACAGGUGGUUCCUCUGGGCCGCAAGGCUGCCAAGCUGGUCAUAAAAUGUCUGUCGGCCAGCGGCCAGGCCAUCGCAGAGAUCCCCGUCCCAGAGAGCAUGUACGGCAGCGUCUUCACCGCUGACUUCCUGCAGAAUGUGACGCGCGAGCGCAACCUCCACCCGCUGCAGAACUGGUUGCUCACCACCGGCACCGUCGUGUACCGGACGCCGUGGAAGAACGUGGUGAAUCCUCUGUUCGUCAGCAGCACGACAGACGCCAUCAUGCAGACGCGGGGCGACAGCACGGGCUUCCGUGGUCAGCUCAGCGCCUGCAGUACCAGUGGAUCCACGGGGACCCUGGACUCCCAUCGCAGCUCCCACGAAUCACUACACUCCCAGGGGGCAGACUCUACCUUCUCAGAGCCUGCUAUCCUGAGCAGGCGGGUCCAUGUAAUGGACCCCAGCAGCACUAGUAGCUCGUCCCAACAGGAUCCCAACCCAGGACUUCACCGGAUGGAGAACCACAACCAGAACCAUAGCCUGAGAGCAGCUCCUGACUCUCACUCCUGCAGCCCACAGACAGGGAGGCUGGCUGGGGAGGGUGGUGGUGGUCCGGGGAAGGGCCAGUGGGAGGGGGAGGAGGGCCAGGGUGGGACCAGAGAGAGGACCAGGACCCUGUCGUUCAGCACCGACCUCAGUAACCCCAACCCGCGCCGCCCCCGCCACGCCAGGGACUCUGUGUCCUUCGAGACCCGGAGACUGUUCCGUAAAUCCUACAUGGAGGCCCUGCAGAACCCCAUGAACCUGGGCUCUAGCUCUGAGUCCAUCCUGGAGGAAGGACCAGAGCACAGUCCUGCAUGCCCAGGUCUCAGCCCACUCAGCCCCAGAGAGGAUGCCUCAUCUCCAGCUUCAACCCCUGGUAGCAGCCCCUCCACCCCCACCACCCAGAGAGACCAGGGGCCCCGUGGGCUCAGGCUAGGGGGGACCAGGGCAUGGCUGGGUGGGGACCCCGACUCCCCCCGACUCUCUCCCAGCACACCUCUCCUGUACCUCCAGAGGGGUCUGAGGAACGCUGGGGCCCUGGAGACCCGGGCUGAGAGGCGCUCCAAGUCUCUAGAGAGGACUAACAAGGCGGCCCAGGUCAAAGGGCACCGGGCGCGCUCCUCCUCCGGGGGCUCGGCCAGCAGUGGAGUAUUCUCACCAAAGAAGCUGAUGAACGGAUACGCCCUGCGCUUCGGACGGCUGGACCUGGAGGCUGCCUUCUCCAGCUCAGACAGGAGGAGCAGUGUUAGAGAGGAGACAGUGAGCCAUGAAGGUGGCACCAGCACUAACCCCAGGCGGCACAGUCAGGAUGGAGCACAGUCACAACAUCACACCCCCAAACAUUCUAAUGAAGUCCUCAUCCAGCUGGCCCCAGCCCCAGGAUCAGGGUCACCUCCUAACUGUCACCUCCCCAGCCUGGUGUCAGAGGUCAACCCCGAACUACUGGCCUCUGGGGCCAUCAUCUUACCUGGUAACAGAGACCUCAGCGGGCGGGCGGUGCUGCAGGUGUGCACGCGGGGGAGGGUGUGGGCUGGGGAGAGCUGCACGGCCAAAGACCUCACCUGUCUCCUGGGUUACUACUAUUCAACGCUCCGGAGCGAGAGGCGGGACCAAGGCCUUACGGUGCUAGUGGACACCAGGAGACAGCAGCCCAGUCCGGCUCUGUUCUCAUCUCUGUCUGAACUCCAGGCUUUACUACCAAAUGCACUUUACUCUGUCCUGCUACUUGUGGACAAGGAGACAACUAUCAAGCCUGAAAGAGACAUUACUACUGUGCAGACGGAGCUCCUGACGUCCCUGAAGGCUCUGUUGAAGCACAUAGACUCCAGUCAGCUCACUAGAGACCUGGACGGAACAUUCCCCUACGACCACGAUCACUGGGUCGCCUUCAGACAGAAAAUUGAGCCGUUUGCCAGCAGUUGCAGCGUGGCUCUCUCCUCCCUCCAAUCUUCUAUCUCUACGUUGAGCAGCACCAGCAACCUGGACAGCACUAAGGAGGUAUCUGAGGUGCUGGAGCAGCAGAGGUCUCUGAUGAAGUGUGUGUUGGAGGACACCCGUCUGAACAGACUGAGGCUGGAGGGAGGAACAGUCCUGGCCCGUAUCAGGAAGGACGAGGCCUGUGAGAAUGACAACUACAGGGAUGCAGUGGACAAGGUGAAUGUCCUUUAUAACCAGGUGGAUGAGGAGGUCCAUAAACUGGUGAUCCUCUCCAACAAGUCCCUGAAACAGCUGGAGAGUCUGCUGGAGGUCCGCAGGUUUGAGGAACAGACAGAGCAGAUCAAAGUGUGGUUCAGUGUGGAAGGAGAAAAGCAGCUCUCUCCCCUGGACUCUCUUCCUCUCUCUCUGGCCACGGUCAAAGACAUGAGGCAGAGUUUGGAACAGUUCUUUGAGGAGUCAGUUCAGCAGCAGAAGCAGGGUUUACUGCUGGUCAGGCAGUCAGGGGAGUCUCUCCCCAGCUCGGCCUUGCUGGACUUCAAACAGCACCUGGGAUCCAUCCUGGGCAGAGUGGAGAGGAGGAAGAACCAGCUAGACAUCCUCACCAACCUCUACGAGUUCUACGGCUCGGCUAACCAGUGGAUGGAGCACUGCCAGGACUACUUCAGGCAGCUGAACCUGGAGAGCAGUGGUGUGAGCCUCCCUCCUGCAGUACUUGAGAUCCUCCAGGACUAUCAGAUGGAGGCCUCCACGUUCUCCCUGGACAACUUCAGCCCCCUGAAUGAUAUGGUCCUGUCCUUGGACAGCCCCCGGCAGACCCAUCAGUGGAACGUCCUGUGGACCAAGUGUCAACAGACCAAGAACCAGCUGGAGGAAACCCUGGCCCAGGCCACAGCAGCAGCUACUGAAGCCUCUGACUCUGCAGCUUCUAACUCUGCAGCUUCUAACUCUGCAGCCUCUAACUCUGAAGCCAGAAAUCUAGCCAAAGACCCGUCAGAGACUGCAGACAGACAGGGGGGCUGCACUCACACGGAGCAGCGCGUGGCUGUUGCAGGGGAUCUUGUUUUACCUGAGUUGCCCACUCCAGGGUCAAGGAUCAUAGUGUCGUCGCUGGCGUUUGAGGAAGAAACCAAGCCUCACUCCACAGGGCCCUUCUCCUCCAACAACAACAAGAGCCCCUCCUCCUGCUCCUUCACCUCCUCCUCCCUCUUCCCCUCCCCCCCCACCCCAGAGGGAGACCCCCUCCACCUCAAGCUGCGGCAGAGCCCCUCUCUGUUCGACGACACGGACAGCGACUGCACCAUCGACUCCCUGGGGGCCGCCUCCUGCCACUCGGAGCCUGUCUAUUCGUCCUCUGGGACGCCACUCCACCAUCACCACCAGCACCGCCAGCACCGCAAACAGCCGCUCAAGAAGAUCAUGAAGAAGACGCUGAGCUAUGAGCUGCCGGCGGCGCAGGACGGUGGCGGUGGCCACGUUGACACCAGCCACCUGCAUGGCUACACGGGGGUGUACAUCAAGGGGCUGGAGGUGGCAAACAACGUGUCGGUGGAGAAGAAGCUGCAGAGGCCUGAGGUGGUGAGCCCGGCGCUGGGACGCAGCCACAGCAUGUCCUCCCCCACCAGACACCCAGAGGGAGAUGGAAAGAAGCAUAGCAGUAAAGUGCGGCACAUCAUGGCUGAGAUGAUCUCCACGGAGAGGGAGUAUGUGCGUUCCCUCAGCUACGUCAUCGAGCACUACUUCCCAGAGAUGGAGCGUCUGGACCUGCCUCAGGACCUCUGGGGGAAACGCAGCAUUAUCUUUGGCAACAUGGAGAAACUGUGUAACUUCCACUGCCAGUACUUCCUGAAAGAGCUGGAGGCCUCCGCCCACUCUCCCCUGUCCAUCAGCAGCUGCUUCCUCAGACAUGAGGAUCAGUUUGGAAUGUACGCUCUCUACAGCAAGAACAAGCCACAGUCUGACGCUCUACUCACCAGCCACGGGAAUGGAUUCUUUAAGAACAAGCAGUUGGAGCUGGGUGAUAAGAUGGACCUGGCGUCCUACCUGCUGAAGCCCAUCCAGAGGAUGUCUAAGUACGCCCUGCUGCUGAAGGACCUGAUCAAGGAGUGUGGUCAGUCCCAGGAACAGGAGCUCUCUGACCUCCGCACCGCAGAGGAGAUGGUUAAGUUCCAGCUGCGCCACGGCAACGACCUGCUGGCCAUGGACGCCAUCCGAGGAUGUGAUGUGAACCUGAAGGAACAGGGUCAGCUGAGGUGUCAGGAUGAGUUCAUCGUGUGGAGCGGCCGCAGGAAGUACCUCCGUCACGUCUUCCUGUUCGAGGACCUCAUCCUCUUCAGCAAAAGCAAAAAGAUUGAGGGAGGAUACGACCUGUACAUCUACAAGCAGUCCUACAAGACGGCAGAGAUAGGAAUGACAGAGAGCGUGGGCGACAGCGGGCUGCGUUUCGAGAUCUGGUUCCGGAGGAGGAAGUCCCAGGACACGUUCAUCCUACAGGCCAGCUCCGGAGAGGUCAAGGCCGUGUGGACCGCCAUCAUCGGAAAGAUCCUCUGGAGGCAGGCGCUACGAAACAGGGAGGUACGCUUGAAAGAGAUGGUUUCCAUGGGGAUUGGCAGCAAGCCUUUCAUGGACAUCAAGCCUAGUGAUGCUGCCAUUAGUGACCGAGCCAUUGAUUACAUCAUGAAGGGGUCAGAGUCCAGGACCAGGGCGUCCAUCGCCGUGUCCUCUUUCGACCACUCCACGCCCUUUAAGCGGCCUCACUCCACCAUCUCCAACAGUAGCACCUCCUCUUCCUCCUCCCAGUCCUCUUCCUCACUGCUGGGCUCCCUCAACCUGCACCUGUACCCUUCGCCUGCCCACCAGCACCCCCACGCCCACCAGCACCCCUACCCCCCGGGCAGCGUACCCUCCUUCAGCCACUGGCCCUACGACUGCAUUGAGGAGGACGAGCUGGAGCAGGACACAGGCAGCCAGCCUUCUAUGAUCACAGAGAGCUCGGGGGAGACGUCGUCCCAGCAUACCUCCAGUGACAGUGUGACGGGGCUGAGCAGCCUCACCCUCCCCGGCCCAGGCCACGGCCGCCCCAACAUCAUCAUCGACGCCUUACCCAGCGACUCCACUUCCUCCUUCCUGUGUUCGUCCACGCCUCCCGGCUCCUCCCACCCUCAGAUGGCCCCUCCCCCAGCCCUAUUCCCUAAGGACCAGGUCCUCCAAGCCCAGGGCAGCACCUUCAUCACAGCAAGCAAGACCUCUCAUAUUACAAUAGGCCUCUCUACAGUGGUCUGACUCACAGAGAGAGAGAGGGCUGUUUAGCUCACUGUGAGGCCACUGCACUGAGAACAGGUGUUACGGAGGAUCAGUAAAGACUUGUGAGUGAGGAAGCUAUCCUGUUAAGCAUGCUCAGUGACGCCUGUAACACUGGGCCCUCUGCUGUGUCUCUACUGGUCUCCGCUGGAAUCUACUGGUCUCUACUGGACUCUACUGUGUCUCGACUAAACUACUGGACUACUGGUCUCCACUCUGUCUCCACUGGACUCUACUGUGUCUCGACUAAACUACUGGACUACUGGUCUCCACUCUGUCUCCACUGGACUCUACUGUGUCUCGACUAAACUCUACUGGUCUCCACUGGACUCUACUGUGUCUCGACUAAACUCUACUGGACUCUACUGGUCUCCACUCGGUCUCCACUGGACUCUACUGGACUCUACUGGACUCUACUGGACUCUACUGGAUUCUGAAAACAACAUACACACACCAUACCACUCUGACAACAGACACACAACAGACCACUCUGACAACAGACACAUAACAGACCACUCUGACAACAGACACAUAACGGACCACUCUGACAACAGACCACUCUGACAACACACACACCAUACCACUCUGACAACAGACACACAACAGACCACUCUGACAACAGACACACAACAGACCACUCUGACAACAGACACAUAACAGACCACUCUGACAACAGACACACAACAGACCACGCCGACAACAGACACACAACAGACCACUCUGACAACAGACACACAACAGACCACUCUGACAACAGACACAUAACGGACCACGCCGACAACAGACACACAACAGACCACUCUGACAACAGCAGACCAAUCUGACAACAGACACAUAACAGACCACUCUGGCAACAGACACACAACAGACCACUCUGACAACAACAGACCACUCUGACAACAGACCAUUCUGACAACAGACACACAACAGACCACUCUGACAACAACAGACCACUCUGACAACAGACACACAACAGACCACUCUGACAACAACAGACCACUCUGACAACAACAGACCACUCUGACAACAACAGACCACUCUGACAACAACAGACCACUCUGACAACAACAGACCACUCUGACAACAGACACACAACAGACCACUCUGACAACAACAGACCACUCUGACAACAGACACACAACAGACCACUCUGACAACAACAGACCACUCUUACAACAACAGACCACUCUGACAACAACAGACCACUCUGACAACAACAGACCACUCUGACAACAACAGACCACUCUGACAACAACAGACCACUCUGACAACAACAGACCACUCUGACAACAACAGACCACUCUGACAACAACAGACCACUCUGACAACAACAGACCACUCUGACAACAACAGACCACUCUGACAACAACAGACACACAACAAGCACUCACCGCUGAGACUGAUGGCCUUUGGCAUUUCAUAACGAUGUAUUGAAAAUUUGACAUUGCUAUGUAUGCAGUACUUAAAGAAAUAGUUUUACCAAUGCUGGUACGUCACGUUCUGACUGUAUAUGUGUUUUAAUGAACUAGAUAUGUAUCACUGUUUAUAAUGUAGAAGAGUUGUUUUAUUAAGUCUUAUUCAAGGAAGCAAACACAUGGAAAGUACUCAGCAGACAGCUAGACAGACGCUAGUGGGGAUUCACCACCAGCUAUUCUGUUGAUUAACGCCUCCAUCACAGCGACGGUGUAUGGCAUUUUGGUCCACCAGAAGUACAUUCAUUUCCAAUGGAGCGCUG